UGGCGUCCUGAAGAAAAAGUAUAUUUCUUUUGACAACUGCAAUAAAAUUCGUGACAUGUUUUGGGUGAAACUAGAAUUUUGUACAAAAAGAAGAUAAUCUAAGAAUUAAUUGAGAACAUAUAGGAAUAUCAACUAGAAUGGAAGGACCUCCACCACCCAGAGAUGCGAGCCUUCGCAAUAUUAUAGACAAGUUGGCCGAGUUUGUUGCAAGGAAUGGCCCAGAAUUCGAAAUGAUAACCAAACAAAAGCAGCAGAAUAAUCCAAAAUUUGAAUUUUUGUAUGGUGGAGAAUUUGCGGCGUAUUACCAAUAUCGUGUUCAAGCUGAACAAAUUUUUUUAAAGCAACAAGGACAAAAUGCUGGAGGUAUGAUGCAUUCACAACAAUAUCCAAAUCAACAGCAGCAAUCAUCACAUUUUACACAAGGACCACCGCCAAAUAUGUUACAUCAGCAAGGCAGUGGCCAAAUUAUGGAUGGAAACAACUUUGCCAUGAAUCAACCACCUCCAAACCAUCAGCUAUGGAAUAACGCACCACCGUCAUCGGGACAAAUGAAUGUUGGAAUGCAGUCGCAACAGCAUCCUCAACAGCAAUCUGCACAGCAACACCAACGACAACAAUCGCAACCACCCACUUCCACAAAUGUUGGUGGCAAUCAACAAACUUUGGCUAUGACAAUAACUGCACAAAUAGAAGCGAUUAAUAUGCAACAGAAUACACUGCGCGAGCAAAUUCGUCAAUCCGAAGCAAAUUUAACUGCACAACACACGGCACUGGUGACACAGCAAAAGAAGCAAAUUGAAGAAGCGAUAGAGGAGGCCCAAAAUAAACAAUUGGAAAAGCAAGCAGAGGAGCAAAAUAUAUCCCUAAAAGAAUUUGAUGGCAUAUUGCAGCCCAUUAUUGAUGCAUGUACCAAGGACAGUAUUUCCCAAGGCAAAAACUGGAUAUUACAGCAUUCAUCCGACAGCGCUAAAAACAAUGUCGUUUUACAGUAUCUUUUAAAGAAGGCUUUGGCAGAUGGUUCAACAUUUCAGCAAAAAUUGCAUCUUAUAUAUUUAAUUAAUGAUAUAUUGCACCAUUGUGUUCGGAAAAAUGCCAAUGACUUGAAAAAUAGCUUGGAGAAUGUGGUUAUUCCAAUGUUCUGCAGUGCCGAUUUGAUUGCCAAUACCGAUCAACGAGCCAAACUAACAAAACUCUUAUCGUUGUGGGAAUCCAAGGCGAAAUUCUUUGAUGCUUGUGUUAUAUCGAAGUUACAGUCACCGGAUUCCUCCAUGCAAGAGUACAAAACAAAUUUGCAAAAUUUACAUCAUGAAACGACAAGCAAAUUUACUCAGGCUAUGAAAGCGCAAAUGGAUAACUAUAAAAAACAACAUCAAAUGUUUAUACAACAUGCUGCACAACAAAUCACACAAUUAGAACAACAAAAACAACAAAUGGAACAGCAAAUGUUAGCAAGUGUUUUGCCAAAUACGGGUAUGCUUCAGGCGGGAAAUCAGCAAAAUCAACAACAGCAAACACAGGCGAACAAUAUACCCUCCUUAAUGGGUCAAAAACUUGUAAUGCCUUCUGUAAGUGAACCAGAUCCAUAUGGCAACUCACAAGCACAUUUGAAUUCGAACAAUGCUCAGUGCUUUUCAAAUGCCCCAGCCGCUAGUAAUAGUUUCUUUAUUCCGGAUUUAUCAAAACCACCACCAGGAUUUGCCAAUCCUGGACCGACUGGAUCAGGAUUGGGAUCAAAUAGCCAACAAAUUCCACCUCUUUUGCAACAAAAUCAAUUCGCUCAAAUCAGUAGCAACAUUCCGCAAAGCCAAACAAUGUUAACCGCUGCACCAAAUGCUCUCAAUCCUGGAGAAAUUCUGAACAACGUCUCCAAUUUAAAUGUGGACCUACGUAAUGUUGCUGCCGCUUUGCAAAUGGUACAACAACAGCAGCAGCCAACAAAUGCUUUCGAUAAUCAAACAGUAACGUCACAUGCCAUGGGUCCAGCUGACGAGAAGCCAUCAUUGAAGGAACCUGAGGAGGAUCCAAAACCAUCAGCAGCAUAUUAUGAUUUACCGGCUGGACUUAUGGUGCCGCUUAUACGUUUGGAGGACUAUACCUAUAAGCCCUUAGAUCCCGAGGAUAUACGUUUACCACCACCGGCUCCACAAACCGAAAGAUUGACAAAUGCUUUGGCAGCUUUCUAUUCAUUGCCCACGCAUGACAGACCAAGAGACAAUGAGGGUUGGGAGAAAUUGGGUCUGUAUGAAUAUUACAAGGUUAAAAACGCUGCGCGCAAACAAAAGGAGGAGGAUAUUAAAAAUGGAGUCAGAGACAGAUCACGCUCUCCUAGUCCUAUUGUCUUGGAAAAACCAAAGCCAAAAAAGACAAACAAACGAUGCUAUAGAUCAAAAAGUCGCAGUCGUUCUGCAUCGCCUCGUAAAUCACGAACGCGUUCAAGAUCACGUUCUCGUUCUCCAGUACGUGCCACCCCCAAUCGCAAUGACAGAGGAGGACGAAAUAACCGUUACAACAGAAGAAGUCGUUCACCUCGACGAUCUCCGCCACGGGAUAGAGAAAGGGAACGAGAUCGUGACAGGGAAAACGAUCGAAACAUAAGACGUGAACGCGAACGUUCAGUAACCCCUCCUAGCUUUUUAGGAAGUAAUUUUGCAAAACCCAAUGAAUUCAUUGACGAAUCAAAUAAAGGACAUCAAAUGCUAAUGAAAAUGGGCUGGUCAGGCGCUGGUACCGGUCUCGGUACGAAAAAUCAAGGCAUUGAUCAACCAAUUUCUGGGGGAGAAGUCAGAGAUCGUAAAGAUUUAUACAAAGGUGUCGGUGUUAAUAUGAACGAUCCCUAUGAAAAUUUCCGAAAAAACAAAGGAGCCGCAUUUGUUUUCCGUAUGCGUACACGUGAUGAGAAGAGCUAGACAUCUAUAAAAAUAAAACGAUAAUUUAUGUGCUAAGAUAAUUACAUAUUUUUUGUAAAAAAAAAAACUUAUGAAUUGUAAUGCAAAUCAAUCACCAUUAUAAUUUACAUUUCUUUCAUAAAAGAGAUUAUGUGCUAUAAACAGAUGUUUUUGUUUUGACUUGAAAUUAAGAUCAACAAAUAAUAUAGUUUGCAUUUUGAAAU